AUGGGUAUCGAACCGGGUGUAACGAAUUCGUCCGGUUCUGGCAGCUCUGGCACUAAAGCGGUGAAAAAACGUGACUCUUGGCAUGCUACGCCCGGUCCAAACGGCACGUCUGGAGACGCAGGUCGCGAUGAACCUCCCGACCCGGAUACGGCAACGCUAGCGGCGAGCUCGAAGGAAUCGGCGUCUAACGGCAGCUCGGCCGCCACCAAAGCAAACUCCGGCACCAUGGAAACGGCUCAGAUCCUACAAAGUGGCAAAGAGCGCAACCUGGUCGUGGCGCUGACCGGCGAGCGAAGACGUGAAACGUGGAGCCAAAAGGCAGAAUUUCUGCUGGCCGUAAUCGGGUUUGCCGUGGACUUAGGCAAUGUCUGGCGCUUUCCAUACAUCUGCUACCAGAAUGGUGGUGGUGCGUUUCUGAUUCCGUACUGCAUUAUGUUGUUGUUCGGAGGACUGCCACUGUUCUAUAUGGAGCUCGCCCUAGGCCAAUUUCAUCGGUGUGGAUGCCUCUCGAUAUGGAAGCGCAUCUGUCCGGCUCUCAAAGGUGUAGGUUAUGCCAUUUGCCUGAUCGAUAUCUACAUGGGCAUGUACUACAACACCAUCAUCGGCUGGGCCGUAUACUACCUGUUUGCCUCGUUUAGCUCCGAGCUGCCGUGGACCAAAUGCGGCAACCCAUGGAACACGGACGCCUGUUCACCGGUCACUGGGCGGCUCAACGAAACGCUCACCUCCACGGUUGGUCCUUCGCUGGCAACGGCUGCGACGACACUCGUUUCAUCGGCGACCACGAACGCAGCCAACACCGGUGCAUCACUGGUUGCGUCUGUCCUGGGCAACACUACCCUAGCCGGCACGUUCGCCAGCACAACACCCCACCAUCUCUACCGGCAGGAGCAACACCUGCUUUCCAGUACGCUCCCAACGAUGCUGUCGAAUCUGACAACCAGCACUGUGGCGGCUGUGGCUGGGACGGCCGGUGGAGGUCCAGCGUUGUCCAGCCCGGCGAGGGAAUUUUUCGAGCGGCAGGUACUCGAGCAGUACAAAUCGAACGGCCUGGACUUUAUGGGACCGGUGAAACCGUCGCUCGCGCUAUGCGUCUUUGGCGUGUUUGUGCUGGUGUACUUUUCCCUCUGGAAGGGAGUCCGUAGCGCUGGAAAAGUGGUCUGGGUGACGGCUCUUGCUCCUUACGUGGUACUGCUCAUUCUGCUGGCCCGCGGUGUCACUCUGCCUGGCGCCGCAGAAGGCAUUCGGUACUAUCUGACCCCGCAGUGGAACAAGCUCAACAAUUCCCGGGUAUGGAUUGAUGCAGCCUCCCAGAUCUUCUUCUCGCUCGGUCCCGGCUUCGGUACCCUGUUGGCGCUGUCCAGCUACAACAAGUUCAACAACAACUGCUACCGGGACGCUCUACUUACCAGCAGCAUCAACUGUCUCACCAGCUUCCUGGCCGGUUUCGUGAUAUUCUCCGUGCUUGGGUACAUGGCCAACGUGCAGAACAAAUCGAUCGAAGAGGUUGGCCUCGAGGGGCCAGGUCUGGUGUUCAUCGUUUAUCCCGAGGCGAUCGCCAUGAUGAAGGGCUCGGUGUUCUGGUCCAUCAUCUUCUUCCUAAUGCUCAUCACCUUGGGGCUGGAUUCGACUUUCGGUGGACUCGAGGCGAUGAUCACAGCACUCUGCGAUGAGUACCCACGCACAAUCGGACGUCGUAGGGAGCUGUUUGUGCUGAUUUUGCUUGGGCUUAUCUAUAUAUGUGCCCUACCAACGAUGACAUACGGAGGUGUAUAUUUGGUAAACUUUCUCAACGUUUACGGACCCGGGCUGGCGAUUCUGUUUGUCGUCUUCGUCGAGGCUGCCGGCGUGUUUUGGUUCUACGGCGUGGAAAACUUCUCCAGCGACAUUGAGCAAAUGUUGGGCAAAAAACCGUCACUCUUCUGGCGUAUUUGUUGGAAGUACAUUAGUCCCACGUUUUUAUUCUGCAUAUUGAUAUUUUCCCUGCUGGGUUACGAAGAGAUGCUAGGAGAGGAAUACGAAUACCCGGAAUGGAGCGUAGCUGCCGGUUGGGUGUUAACACUGUCAUCGGUGCUUUGCAUUCCGACGUAUAUGAUAUAUAAAUUUCUCAAAAAUCCUGGUAACUGUAAAGAGCGUUUGAGACGCACUUUUAAACCGGAACCGCUGAUACCGACAGCCAUCCCUGGCCAGCUGUACACCGGCACCGCCGUCUGA